AUGGAUUUUUCUGUAAAAAGGUCUUUAACGCGAAUCGGAAGCCCACAGCCACUAAGGGCAGCUUCUGAUACCUUGUCUUCAACUAACGCUCUUACACCAACUCCAGAACCACCAAAAACUCAAACUAGUAAUACUGCUUCUUCCACCCGCCAAAAUGUAAAGGUUACUGUUAGAGUAAGACCUCCAAAUGCCGUAGAACUGACUAGAGGUGAAACUGAAAUUUGGGAAGUUGACAACUCACUUGGCAAA